CUCGGCUGAGUUCUGUUUAUAAAUACGAACUUUAAUUUUAAUUCUGUUCUGUGCGUUCUGUGCUUAAUUCCACAUGGUUUUUUUUGGUUAUAAUUUUGAUUACAUGUGUUUGGUGGGUGAUAGGUAUGUAUUUUUCUUUUUUAAAUUCUAAUAUAUCUUCUAUGAAUUUUAGCUUGAAAUUUCUUUCAACUUCCAUUCUAAACCGUUUCUUGGCUACAGGAAUACAGACAAUGAAAAACGUAUUAAAGCCACCAAAUAUUCGAGGUGUUGUAGUAUUAAAUAAAGAUACCAUCAAGAAAAGUAUAGAUAUUCCAUGUUUGAGUAUAAAAAAAGAAUCUCUAAAUUCAAUUUUAAACAUAAUUAAGCAAUAUUUUCUUAAAAUUGAAAAGUUUAAACCAGUUCAACCUGCAAGUGAAGAAAACAUUGACAUUUAUAUGUCACCUGAAGUUAUUAGAGAUUGGUCAAGUUUUCCAGAAGAAAUCCAAUCUGCUUUAGAAAAAUUGCAAAUAACAAAAGAUAAUUUUAGAAUUGUAAAAGAUUUUGAGCUAAAAUAUGAUAAUUUCACUGCAGAUGAUUUGUUAAAGGCUAUUCUUCCUGUAGAAAAAGAAGGUAUGUCCAGCUUUACAAAAGUUGGCCACAUUGUGCAUGUCAAUCUGCGUGAACAUCUUUUACCAUUUAAAAACGUUAUAGGAGAAAUACUUUUUGACAAAAUAUCUGGAUGUCAAUCUGUAGUAAAUAAAGUAAACAUUAUUGACAACACUUACAGAAACUUUAGUAUGGAAGUGUUAAAAGGAAUUGACAAUAUGCUGACGACAGUAAAAGAAAAUCAUUGUAGUUUCAAAUUUGACUUUUCUCAGGUUUACUGGAAUUCUAGGUUGUGUACUGAACAUGAAAGAAUUGUUAACAUGUUGAACAAAAAUGACGUUUUGUUUGAUGUGUUUGCUGGAGUGGGUCCUUUCUCUGUACCCAUAGCCAAGAAAAAAUGUUUUGUUUAUGCAAAUGAUUUAAACCCUGAAUCCUAUAAAUGGCUUGAAUUUAAUGCCAAAUCCAAUAAAAUAUCUAAAGAAUACUUCAAAUCAUUCAAUAAAGAUGGAAAAGAUUUUAUAAAAAAUGAAAUUAAAGAGUUUCUCCCAUCUCAUAUUAAAAAUGAUCAAAAUAUUUUUAUUACAAUGAACCUUCCUGCAAUGGCAGUGGAGUUCCUUACACAUUUUGAAGGGUUGUUUCAGUAUAAUGAAUUACCAGAUUUUAAAAAUCCACCUCAUAUUUAUGUAUACUGUUUUGUAAAAGGUGAUAAUUAUUUGGAGCUUGCAAAAAAUGUUGUUUUAAACAGUUUUACUUGUGACAUUAGCCAAAAUAUUGUUGACAUAUUUAAAGUGAGAACUGUAAGCUCUUUAAAAGAGAUGAUGAGGGUAACCAUCAAACUAGACAAGGAUAUUUUAAUUGGUACAUGCAGAAAAAGAAAGUUGGAAGCAAUUUUAAAUUCUGAUAAUAAAAUAUCUUGCUUAUCAGAUGACAAUGGGCAAAAACAAGAAAAAAGUUGACAAUGUAUUUAAAGUGGCUGGGGCUAGGAGCUUGAAGCUGAAAGCUAAGGCAAAAGCUGUAAAAUCAGACCUAAAACAGAUAAACAUUAAAAAUAAAACUAAAGUUACCGAAAUAGAUUUAGCCUUAAAUCAGUUGGAAAAUAAAAUAAGAAUGCCUGAAGUACCUCUUCAAAAAAAUACCAAUCCAAAUUCAAAAUUACCAUCCGCUCCACAAGUGACUGCCGAAACUGAAAAGCAGUCUGAAGAAGCCUUAAAGAAUUUAGAGAGUUUCCAGCUGUAAAAAAUAUAUUUUAAUUCAUUGUGAUAUUUAUUAAUAAGUACAAAUAUUCU